AGAUCCGAUAUAGUCACCGCUAACUAUGAUGGAAACAAUGUUAGUGUUCUUCUUAAUACUGGCAAUGGAACAUUUUCCGCUCAAACUACUUAUGCAACUGGCACUCAACCAUUCUCAGUGGCAGUCGUCGAUGUCAAUAAUGACAACAGAUCCGAUAUAGUCACCGCUAACCAGGGUGGAAACAAUGUUAGUGUUCUUCUUAAUACUGGCAAUGGAACCUUUUCCACUCAAACUACUUAUGCAACUGGCACUCUACCAUUCUCAGUGGCACUCGUCGAUGUCAAUAAUGACAACAGACCCGAUAUAGUCACCGCUAACUAUGGUGCAAGUACUGUCAGUGUUCUUUUUAAUACAGGUACUGGGACCUUUUCUUCUCAAACUACUUAUGCAAUUGGCGCUAAUUCAUACUCAGUGGCAGUCGUCGAUGUCAAUAAUGACAACAGACCCGAUAUAGUCACUGCUAACUAUGGUGGAAACAAUGUUAGUGUUCUUCUUAAUACUGGCAAUGGAACAUUUUCCGCUCAAACUACUUAUGCAACUGGCACUAAUCCACGAUCAGUGGCAGUCGUCGAUGUCAAUAAUGACAACAAACCCGAUAUAGUUACUGCUAACUAUGGUGCAAACGGUGUUGGCGUUAGCGUACACUGCUAA